UUCGCUUUCACUUCUUGAAGGAGGAAAAACGCAACUGAGUCUGGAGGGCCCUAAACUGUGGCCCCUGGGAGAGGAGACAGGUCACACCAUGGCUGACAGACGAUCUAUAGAAGUAUCCGGCCUCCCAAGUUUCCUCUCUGAUGAGGAUUUUAUCAAGGAUCAGCUUUUACUACACUUCCUGCGACCCAACAAUGGCGGCGGUGAUGUCAAUGUUCACUACCCCACCGAGGAGAAGGGUGCCGCGUUACUGGUGUUCGAGGACGAGAAAGUGGCAGAGAGGAUUCUGAGCCGAACGCACAACCUGAUAAUCGGAGACUACAUCUACCCGCUGGAGGUGAGGCGCCCCCAACCUCGUGAGUCGAUGUUCUCCGGGCCUGUUAGGACCUCCUUGGUCCUUUCACAUUUCAGUAAUUUCCGGGAGGUGAAGAAGCUCCUGGAGCAGCACAGACUCCGUAUAUACCAGGAUGACUGCUCCAUACUGGGCAUCGAAGGGGACUUCAGUGAUUUGAAAAGAUGUGAUCAGGACCUGAAUAUGAUCCUCUGUAGGCAGAAUCCUAUGGAAAAACACAAUUCAAUGGAAUCUCCUGCAAGUAAACGUUCUGCAUCAGAGAAGGGCAGAAGAGCGCCCGACAGUGUAACUACAGUCCCAGAGCUGAAGUUACCAUUGUUAUCUCAUCUGAGCAGAAGACCACCUAAAGAAAGAGAUCACAUGACACAAGACAGAAGACCACCUAAAGAAAGAGAACACAUGACACAAGAAAGAAGACCACCUAAAGAAGGACAACACGUAACACAAGACAGAUCACCUAAAGAAGGAAAAAACAUGGCCAAAGACAAUAUCACAAGAGAUAAUCUCAGCCCAACCCAACAUUCCCCCACAAACCAAUCCGCUCAGAAGUCGUCCACUAAACCAGCCAGAUCAUCAACACCGACACGAUUCCAGAACGUUCUCUCCCCCCAAGGACUGUCUCAAUCCUUCCUCGUAGACCCUGUGGUCCACACAUAUGUCAGAAUAUUCGUAAAAGAGAUAAUCCAUAGCUUACUAAGACAAUAUAAUAUUGAUAUGACAUAUAAAUAUAGUGAUGGCUUUACCAGCAUCACAUUGACCUCCCUGACACCAGCGCAGCCGGAGGACUUUGAUAAGUCUUGUUCGGUCCUGAAAAAAUUCUUUGACCAUUAUCAGAAUCAUCUUCGUGCACAAAACAUUACUUUGCCAACCGACCCAAGGAUUCCGAAUGAAGAAAUGACCAGGAAGAUCGAGCUGUAUUUACUAAAGCGUGAUAUUUAUUCAUUACCAGUGGACAACAACACGCUGUCCAUUAUCGGGCCAUCAGAGAAAGUUCUAAUGUUCAUGCAGGAGUGGAUAGGAGCUCGAGGUCAACUGGUUCAAAACAUCAUUGGAGAGGCUGCAGGUUCUUUCUCCUCACGUUCCCCCACGGUUGGGUUGGACAAGAAGGACUUGGCCACAAAUAGCAGUAACUCAACAAAACACAUGGUACAAGACAGAAGACCACCUAAAGAAAGAGAACACCUAGCACAAGACAGAAGGCCCCCUAAAGAAGGAGAUCACAUGACAAAAGACAGAAGACCACCGAAAGAAGGAGAAGACAUGACACAAGACAGAAGACCACCUAAAGAAGGAGAAGACAUGACACAAGACAGAAGACCACCUAAAGAAGGAGAAGACAUGACACAAGACAGAAGACCACCUAAAGAAGGAGAACACAUGGCCCAAGACAGAAGACCACCUAAAGAAGAAGAAGACAUGGCCCAAGACAGAAGACCACCUAAAGAAAGAGAACACAUGCCACAAGACAGAAGACUACCUAAAGAAGGAGAACACAUGACACAAGACAGAAGACCAACUAAAGAAGGGGAAGACAUGGCACUACACAGAAAAGAACUGAAAGAAGGAGAACACAUAGGACAAGAGAGAAGACCACUUAAGGAAGGAGAACACAUGACACAAGACAGAAGACUACCUAAAGAAGGAGAAGACAUGGCCCAAAACAGAAGACCACCUAAAGAAAGAGAACACAUGACACAAGACAGAAGACUACAUAAAGAAGGAGAAGACAUGACACAAGACAGAAGACCACCUAAAGAAGGAGAACACAUGGCCCAAGACAGAAGACCACCUAAAGAAGAAGACAACACGCAAGACAGAAGACCACCUAAAGAAGGACAACACGUUACACAAGACAGAAGACCACCUAAAGAAAGAGAACACAUUACCCAAGACAGAAGACCACCUAAAGAAGGAGAACACAUGACACAAGACAGAAGACCACCCAAAGAAGGAGUACACAUGGCCCAAGACAGAAGACCACCUAAAGAAGGAGAAGACACGGCCCAAAACAGAAGACCACCUAAAGAAAGAGAACACAUGACACAAGACAGAAGACCAUCUAAAGAAGGAGAACACAUGACACAAGAUAGAAGACCAACUAAAGAAGGAGAACACAUGACACAAGACAGAAAUCCAACUAAAGAAGGACAACACUUGACACAAGACAGAAGACCACCUAAAGAAGGAGAAGACAUGACACAAGAAAAUAUGACAAGAGAUAAUCUCAGCCCAACCCAACAUUCCUGCACAAACCAAGGUGCUCAGAAGUCGUCCACUAAACCAGCCAGAUCAUCAACACCGACACGAUUCCAGAACAUUCCCUCCCCCCUCGGACUGUCCCAAUCCUUCCUCGUAGACCCUGCGGUCCACACAUAUUUAAAAAGAUUUGAACAAGAGAGGAUUAGUAACUUUCUAAGAGAAUAUAAAAUUGAUAUGAAAGAAAAAUAUAGUGAUGGCUUUACCAGCAUCACAUUGACCUCCCUGACACCAGCGCAGCCGGAGGACUUUGAUAAGACUUGUUCGCUCCUGAAAGAAUUCUUUGACCGUUAUCAGAAUCAUCUUCGUGCAGAAAACAUUACUUUGCCAACCGACCCAAGGAUUCCGAAUGAAGAAAUGACCAGGAAGAUCCAGCUGUAUUUACUAAAGUGUGAUAUUUAUUCAUUACCAAAGGACGACAACACGCUGUCCAUUAUCGGCCCAUCAGAGAAAGUUCUAAUGUUUAUGCAGAAAUGGAUAGGAGCUCGAGGUCAACUGGUUCAAUAUAUCAUUGGGGAGGCUGCAGGUUCUGUCUCCUCCCGCUCCCCCAUGGUUGGGUUGGACAAGGACUUGGCCACAAAUAGCAAUAACUCAACAAAACACAUGGUACAAGAUGGAAGACCACCUAAAGAAAGAGAAAACCUAGCACAAGACAGAAGACCACCUAUAGAAGGAGAUCACAUGACACAAGACAGAAGACCACCUAAAGAAGGAGAAGACACGACACAAGACAGAAAACCACCUAAAGAAGGACAACACUUGACACAAGACAGAAGACCACCUAAAGAAGGAGAAGACAUGACACAAGACAGAAGACCACCUAAAGGAGGAGAAGACAUGACACAAGACAGAAGACCACCUAAAGAAGGAGAAGACAUGACACAAGACAAUAUGACGAGAGAUAAUCUCAGCCCAACCCAAAGUUCCUGCACAAACCAAGGUGCUCAGAAGUCAUCUACUAAACCAGCCAGAUCAUCAACACCAACACAAUUCCAGAACAUUCCCUCCCCCCCAGGACUGUUCCAAUCCUUCCUCGUAGACCCUGCGGUCCACACAUAUUUAAAAAGAUUUGAACAAGAGACGAUUAGUAACUUUCUAAGACAAUAUAAAAUUGAUAUGAAAGAAAAAUAUAGUGAUGGCUUUACCAGCAUCACAUUGACCUCCCUGACACCAGCGCAGCCGGAGGACUUUGAUAAGACUUGUUCGCUCCUGAAAGAAUUCUUUGACCGUUAUCAGAAUCAUAUUCGUGCAGAAAACAUUACUUUGCCAACCGACCCAAGGAUUCCGAAUGAAGAAAUGACCAGGAAGAUCCAGCUGUAUUUACUAAAGUGUGAUAUUUAUUCAUUACCAAAGGACGACAACAGGCUGUCCAUUAUCGGCCCAUCAGAGAAAGUUCUAAAGUUUAUGCAGGAAUGGAUAGGAGCUCGAGGUCAACUGGUUCAAUAUAUCAUUGGGGAGGCUGCAGGUUCUGUCUCCUCCCGCUCCCCCAUGGUUGGGUUGGACAAGGACUUGGCCACAAAUAGCAAUAACUCAACAAAACACAUGGUACAAGAUGGAAGACCACCUAAAGAAAGAGAAAACCUAGCACAAGACAGAAGACCACCUAUAGAAGGAGAUCACAUGACACAAGACAGAAGACCACCUAAAGAAGGAGAAGACACGACACAAGACAGAAAACCACCUAAAGAAGGACAACACUUGACACAAGACAGAAGACCACCUAAAGAAGGAGAAGACAUGACACAAGACAGAAGACCACCUAAAGGAGGAGAAGACAUGACACAAGACAGAAGACCACCUAAAGAAGGAGAAGACAUGACACAAGACAAUAUGACGAGAGAUAAUCUCAGCCCAACCCAAAGUUCCUGCACAAACCAAGGUGCUCAGAAGUCAUCUACUAAACCAGCCAGAUCAUCAACACCAACACAAUUCCAGAACAUUCCCUCCCCCCCAGGACUGUUCCAAUCCUUCCUCGUAGACCCUGCGGUCCACACAUAUUUAAAAAGAUUUGAACAAGAGACGAUUAGUAACUUUCUAAGACAAUAUAAAAUUGAUAUGAAAGAAAAAUAUAGUGAUGGCUUUACCAGCAUCACAUUGACCUCCCUGACACCAGCGCAGCCGGAGGACUUUGAUAAGACUUGUUCGCUCCUGAAAGAAUUCUUUGACCGUUAUCAGAAUCAUAUUCGUGCAGAAAACAUUACUUUGCCAACCGACCCAAGGAUUCCGAAUGAAGAAAUGACCAGGAAGAUCCAGCUGUAUUUACUAAAGUGUGAUAUUUAUUCAUUACCAAAGGACGACAACAGGCUGUCCAUUAUCGGCCCAUCAGAGAAAGUUCUAAAGUUUAUGCAGGAAUGGAUAGGAGCUCGAGGUCAACUGGUUCAAUAUAUCAUUGGGGAGGCUGCAGGUUCUGUCUCCUCCCGCUCCCCCAUGGUUGGGUUGGACAAGGACUUGGCCACAAAUAGCAAUAACUCAACAAAACACAUGGUACAAGAUGGAAGACCACCUAAAGAAAGAGAAAACCUAGCACAAGACAGAAGACCACCUAUAGAAGGAGAUCACAUGACACAAGACAGAAGACCACCUAAAGAAGGAGAAGACACGACACAAGACAGAAAACCACCUAAAGAAGGACAACACUUGACACAAGACAGAAGACCACCUAAAGAAGGAGAAGACAUGACACAAGACAGAAGACCACCUAAAGGAGGAGAAGACAUGACACAAGACAGAAGACCACCUAAAGAAGGAGAAGACAUGACACAAGACAAUAUGACGAGAGAUAAUCUCAGCCCAACCCAAAGUUCCUGCACAAACCAAGGUGCUCAGAAGUCAUCUACUAAACCAGCCAGAUCAUCAACACCAACACAAUUCCAGAACAUUCCCUCCCCCCCAGGACUGUUCCAAUCCUUCCUCGUAGGCCCUGCGGUCCACACAUAUUUAAAAAGAUUUGAACAAGAGACGAUUAGUAACUUUCUAAGACAAUAUAAAAUUGAUAUGAAAGAAAAAUAUAGUGAUGGCUUUACCAGCAUCACAUUGACCUCCCUGACACCAGCGCAGCCGGAGGACUUUGAUAAGACUUGUUCGCUCCUGAAAGAAUUCUUUGACCGUUAUCAGAAUCAUCUUCGUGCAGAAAACAUUACUUUGCCAACCGACCCAAGGAUUCCGAAUGAAGAAAUGACCAGGAAGAUCCAGCUGUAUUUACUAAAGUGUGAUAUUUAUUCAUUACCAAAGGACGACAACACGCUGUCCAUUAUCGGCCCAUCAGAGAAAGUUCUAAUGUUUAUGCAGGAAUGGAUAGGAGCUCGAGGUCAACUGGUUCAAUAUAUCAUUGGGGAGGCUGCAGGUUCUGUCUCCUCCCGCUCCUCCAUGGUUGGGAUGGACAAUAAAGCCACAAAAAGCAAUAACUCAACACAACCUAUGGCAUCAGAUGGAAGGGCAAGAGGGCGCCAGGGGCGUCAGGAGGCCCACGACAGAGGAAGAGACCGCGAGCAUGGUGGGCCAAGUUCUUUUAGAGGAAAGUCCCCAGCGAGACACACAAGAGAACCCUGGAGAUGACAGCUGGUAUUAGCAUUAUACUGGGUGCUGUGGGGAUGUCAUAGUCAUCACACCUGCUGCACACUUCAAACUUGCAGUCCUAUGUAAGACAGAUAAAAUAAUUAUCACCACGGUCUAUAUUAGUGGUCUCUAAACUGUCAACCUCCAGAUGUUUCAAAACUACAACCCCCAGCAUGCCCAGACAGCCGUCCUGUUCAAGUUGCUAACCAAAUUGAGUCAACUCUGGGUCGGUCAAGGUUAACCAGGGCACUCUUUGGCAUUUAGCAGAUGUAUUUCCCAAGACCUACCCCCUUUCCACGCUGACGGGUGUCCAUUCUACUUAUGUAUUUUCCUACUCUAUCAAAGGAGACGUAUUUCAAGCCAGAAGACAUAAAAGCUGCACAAGGGCUCUUCUGCUUUCACUGGACCCUUUAUUGUCUGGAGUCACAUUAUAUUCACCUUACACCUUGCGAUAGGAAAUGGUAACACAGCUAACCAAGAGUAAUGUCUUCUACACCUGAACCACAGUGAGCCAAGCUGUGAAGACCGCACUCAGUAGAGAUAACCGUAACUGUGCUGUGUAUAUUGCACUUUAUGUGAUUAUAGUGUUAGAGACUUACUACAUUACUACUGCUAAGAAAGCUACUAGAGCAGAUUGUGCGCACAUCUCAUAUACUGACGUUAAAGGGGUACUCCGGUGGAAAAAACUUUUUUUUCUUUUUUAAAUCAACUGGUGCCAGAAAGUUAAACA